GUUGCCUUUACACUCGGCUUCAAGGUCCCCCCUGCAAAUUCCUCCGCCCUAAUCAAAUAAGCAUCGCGUCUCCCCAUCAUCAUCAUCAUCAUCAUCAUCAGCUUGGAACACCAGCCACCCAACAUACGUUUCCCUCAAAAACAGAACUAUCAUACCCGCAUGGAUUUGCAAUGAAACUGGCAGCAGUUUUCAAUUAUGAGAACGCUUUGUGACGCUUGUGAGAGCGCCGCCGCUAUCGUUUUCUGCGCCGCCGAUGAGGCCGCUCUCUGCCGUGCCUGUGACGAGAAGGUUCAUAUGUGUAACAAGCUAGCUAGCCGACAUGUAAGGGUUGGUCUGGCCAGUCCUAGUGAUGUGCCUCGCUGUGACAUAUGUGAAAAUGCGCCUGCAUUCUUCUAUUGCGAGACAGAUGGAAGUUCACUUUGCUUGCAGUGUGACAUGAUGGUUCAUGUUGGCGGCAAAAGAAAACAUGGAAGGUAUCUUCUUUUUAGGCAGAGAGUUGAGUUUCCAGGAGAUAAAACUGGUCUUCCAGAAAACUCAGCUUCACUGCCUUUGGAACCUGGUGAGACUAAAAGAGGACAAAAUCCUCUGCCUAAAGUAAAAGUGGGAGAGAGAAAACAAAAUCAUAGGUUAGCCGUGGUUGCAGCACCUGAACAUGAUGCUGACAGCCAUGCCAUGAUGGGAACUAACAUGAUUGAUUUGAACAUGAAGCCUCAGAGAAUACAUGAACAAGCUUCCAAUAAUCAGGUCAGAUUGCAUAAGAAGUCAAUUUUCUCCGGCUAGUUAGAAAUCGCCAUCCGAGUUCAUGCGUGCUUAAGAUAAAUAGUUAGUCACUUUUCAAUUCUCACAGGCUUGAAGGAAAAUAGAAUCAUUAACUUUAUUUAUUCGGUUAACUGGUCUUAAUAACUAAGGGAGUCAUGAUUCACAGGAAUGACACUGUAGAACUGGACCAACUGGAGUUUGGGGAUAUAAUUUAAAAGAAAAGGAAUUUGAACCAUGUCAUGAUUCAAUCCACCAAGUAUUAAACUGGUUGGCUGGUGAAGAACUAGUUAUCAACCUUGCUUGAUGCUUGGCAUCAAGUUCCACUGUUGUACUUAGUCACGUUUUGUCAAGUCAGAUUCCCAGCCUGCCUUGAAGGAUCAUCUCGAGGUCCCUUCGUAUCAGGAGACAUCGUGCAGAACAAAUUCGUUUCCCUCAAGCAGCUUGCAGAAGUUAACGUUACAAGGUCACUAUUAAAUGUCCUAUUUGUUGUGAGGCUGGAGAAUCCAUUAGAAAACAUCUUAAAAGAGGUUUUGCACCAGUGAAAAGAAGAAAAACUUGUAAACUUCUAAGUAUUGCAUCCUUCCAAAACAGAGAUCGUAAAUUCUUAUAAAGCAUUAAAAAAAAGUACAAAUCAUUGGUUUCGAUGGGUCUGUUUUGUUGUCAAGUUGAAGUUGAGCUAAUAACAUCUUAACAUUACGAAUUGCAUACACCAGCA